AGCAGCAGAGGGGAGGGGGAAGAGGAGAGCACACAAAGGCAGAGAAACAACGAAGGGGAGAGCGUCAUGCAGAAUGCAUGAGACACCAGAGAGGGGGAACUGAAGCAGAUGCAUUUUUUUUCUGUAGGAUUUCUGAAUCCAUCCUGUUAAAUCUUCAGCCAGUGCCUCAUUAGAUUCAAAGUCAAGGCGAGGAGGAGGAAUGACAUACAAAAAAGGUGGGAUGGGAGGAUCCAGAACAGCUACAGGAAGGGGGUCGGGCUUCUCUGACAAUGAUCCUCACCAACAGGGAGUUUGUUGUCAGUGUUGACUUUCCUCAGUGGACUUUGCGUUCAGUGCUGCAGCGUUUGGCUCCGGCUGCUCUCAGGGGGAGACUGUGACUCUGUCCUGAGCCGGUCUUCAGCAUGCAGAGUGUACAGGAUGAAUGCCGAGAAAUUCCAGAAAUCCAGAAUGACCGAGGAUGGGGUGGUGUGCUAAAACUGAGAAGCGGAGUGCUUUCAGAGCUGACAAAUAGAGGAGGAGAAGAGGAUGUGGGGAAAGAGUCUCUGAUGAUGGAGCUGACCAGGCUGGUGCAGAAGGUGAUGAAAGAGAGCAGCUGGUGGGAGAGGAGGGGAGUGGACUGCAGCAUCCUGACUGCAGCAUUCCUGUGCCUAGUACCUGCCUUCCUGCUGCUAGGCUCGUCUCAGCUGCUGUGGUUUACCUUGGGGAUGCUGUUGAUGGGCUUGGCUCAUGCCGUCAUCACCGUCAAAGGGACACAUCUGGCCAGUCAUGGGGCACUCUGUGAGUCGCACACCUGGGCAAAGUUCUGGGCCAUCUUCUUCAUCGAGAUCUGUGGCUCAUUCUCAGCUCAAGCAGGCAUACAUGGCCACAUUAAGAUGCAUCACGCCCACACCAACAUCAUUGGACUCGGCGACUCCAGCGUCUGGAAGAUUCCCUUUCUGCCUCGCUUUAUCUACUUGUUCAUGGCCCCCCUAUCUGUGCCGGUCAUCACUCCACUUGUUGCUCUAGCUCAUCUUAAAGGAAAUUCUUUAGGCAUGGUGGUCCGGACGGUCCUGAUGAUUGCAUUGGGCCUGUAUUCACAGUAUUGGCUCCUCAUAAACGUGUCCGGGUUCAGGUCGAUGCCCGGAGCCUUGUUAUGCAUGCUGGUGUGCAGAGCCAUGUUCUCCAUUCCGUACAUCCAUGUCAACAUUUUCCAGCACAUUGGUCUACCAAUGUUCUCUCCAACAAAACGGCCGAAGAGGAUUUACCAGAUGACCCACGGAGUUCUGAACCUGCCCCGCAACCCUAUGCUUGACUGGACAUUUGGACACUCUCUGAUCAGCUGCCAUAUAGAACACCACCUCUUCCCCUUUCUGUCAGACAACAUGUGUUUAAAGGUAAAGCCUGUUGUGUCCAAGUACCUGACUGAAAAGAAGCUUCCUUACCAGGAGGACACCUACCUGUCCCGUCUUCACCUGUUCUUUACCAAAUACCAGGAGUUGAUGGUGUUCGCUCCACCCAUCACAGAGCUGGUGGGAGUGCAAUGACUAAAGGAGGAUGAUGACAUCUUUACUUAGGACUAAUGACAUGUUUCAGCUUAUAUUGUGCUGAUUAAAACGGCCUUUAAAACACAAGAAAGGUAUUAAAAGAAUAUGUACUGUAGAUAGCUUAAAUUAUGAGAAGUUUUUAAAACACUAACAGACUUUAAGAGUUACAGUUUAGCUGUUGAUUUAAUCAAAGACACCAAGAUUUAACCCUAAACAUUUUCUCUAAUCAGCAGCAUUGCUCUAACACUUAUGUUUCAACUUGGUUUCUGUGUUAUAAAGAUUCUGUCCAUCAUUAUCCUGACUUACCUCGAACAUGUACUGUCUACUACCUCAGCUGAAGUUAGGAAAUCACGUUUCCACUUUGACAAAGCUGCUAAAGGUGGUAAAUCUUUAUUUACUAGGCAAUGAUGGAAGACUCCUGCAUAAAGAGUUGGCAUGGUGUAAACGGGCUAGGUUUCUGUGUCCAAAAGCACAAAUCAGGUAUCAAAUUGUUCUCUUUUGCCUUGUUUAAAGGCAUGCACCAGUGCUAUAAUGGUCAAAGACAUAAUACCUCCAAUAGAAUAUUCAUUUUGCUAAUGUUAAGUAGAAUAUAACGAGUUUGACAAAAAGUGGCCAAUGAUGUAAUAUUAUUUUGGAGCCAAUAAUGUAACAUUCUGCCCGUAGUAUGAUAACUUGUUAUGGUAUCGUGGUGAACCAUAAGAAAAAAUGCAAUAACUGCAUGGGUUCAUCCUGAAUCUAAUUAACAAAUAUACUUUUUUGCAAAUAAUUUAGCAUUCUUUCAUAAAUGAAAGUAUUUGCAAAUAAUAUUCUAAUUAAAAAUGUUGUACUAAAGGUAAUCAUCAGGUUGUGCCUUACAGCAAUAUUUAGGUAAGGAUCACUGCAAAAUGUGUAUCCUUGACGAUGGCUAACUGUGGCUCAGUAGAUUGAGUAGUUAGUUGUCUUACAAUCUGAAAGUUAUGGUUUACAUUCUGGCUUCCUCGUGCUACAUGUCAAAGAUUUUUUUAUUGCCAUGUCAUUAAUAUUUUCUUACAAUAUUGGACAAAUGUUAUGUUAUAUAAUCCAAAACGUUAUUACAUUAUGGGCAAGUCAUUUGAUUUAUUUCAUUCAAAAUUCUUAUGUUAUCGGACUCCACCUCCAGAAAUAGUGGCUACAUCUAUUUUUUUAGCCACCACACAUUCUGUUGAAACAAGUUAAUCCCAUCUCUCUUUAUCCUUUAAAUCUUUAAAGCACAAACCUUUUGUAAAAAAUCCUGGAAUGUGAGAUCAUGGAACCUUAUUUCAGAGGAUUAAGCCUUAAACUCAGGCUGUUAACCAGUCAUAUGCUAAAACUUAAAAGUUAUAAUCCAAUUCUGCAGAUGCUUGACAUGGUGCAUAGUAUUGCCAUGAUUUAGUCUCUUUGUCUGUUAUGCUGUGUGGCGUUUGUUUGCACAAUUUCCAUGACUUUAAUAAGUUCUUGCUUUGUUUGGUCAUCUGUAAUUAGGCCUUUUAUCUUUGGAUUUAAAUGUAAUAAAUUAAAAGCUUCA